AUGUCAGAUCAACAUCGCAGGUCGUCAAGAAGAAGCCAUCGCAAUGGCGAUGCUACCGAACGCCGACAUCAUCGAACAAGGGAUGGAAGUUCGAACUUUACUCUUGAUCGUUACCUAGACAGUAACGACGUUGGAGCCGCCACCUUUCAUGAGGAGGACGGCUUCUAUCCAUCCCGCACUAGCUAUCAGGACCGCACCAUGCACGACCACCAAUUCAACCAUCUCGAUAGCAGAUAUACCAACCAGUCCUCUAUCUAUCCUUACAACGAUCAUUCUACUCGAAGUUCAAGACAGCCUCAGCACCAACGCCUGACGAGUGUUGCUCACGAUUCCUCGUUUGGGCAGCGUAGCAACGGCCAGCAAGCAAGGCGGCACAGAGAGGAGACCCCUCCAUAUUAUGACGAUGUCGAUUCAAUUGCUGGACGUCAGGGAAGUGCUUCGAGUAGUUACUCUCCCGGACACUCCCGCCCUAGACCCGCCCUCAUUGAUCACGACCCUCGCCUUCUGCCUGAUCGCGAGAGAUCUAGACUCGAUAUUAACCCUAUUGGCAACUUUGAUACUUCAGCAAGCCACCGCAUGAGCCGUCGCCAGCCAGCAUAUCAAGAUCGGGCUCGUGAAUUUCUCGGCGACUUUGAUAAUAUGUUUGGCUCCUCUCGACAAAAUGAGCACUAUGAGGAGAUUCCACGGAACAGCCAUUCACGCAGAAGCAGACAGUAA